AUGAGCAAGUACACCGUGUCAUACGGACUAAUACCACCACGAUCUGCUAACAUACAUGAAUCCCACAUUUUGCCAAUUACUAAGAUCAUUCACUCGCGGAGUAUUCCCGAUCUGCUCCUUACAUGUGGCAGAGAUGGCACUGUGAUCAGACAUACCCAGAACAAUGGAGAAUGGCGACGGGUAAGAAUGCAGACUAACAGUGAUUGGGUAAGUGAUAUGGUUGAACUAGACGACGGCAGAUUCGUUACUGUCAGUCAUGAUUUUUUUCUGUGUUUGCUGACAGUGAACCCGGAAAACGAUGAUUGGACUAGUAGAAUGUUGGGCUACCACGACGAUUAUGUCAAAUGCGUAGCGGCUGUAGGCAAAAACGUUGCUGGCGACUGGGAACUAGCCACAUGUGGUCUGGAUAUGAAGGCCAAGAUCUGGAAAGUGCGACAAGACGGAACCUCUAUUCUAACGCACACUAUAGACAAUACACAGCCAGAAGAAACCGGGUCUCUGUACGCCCUGAUAUCGGUUAGUAUCGAUGGAUUGCCGUUCAAUUUAGUGGCGGGUGAUAAUAAUGGGAAUUUAGUGCUGAUGUCAAGCAAGACAGGAGAAAAAGUGGGUCAGGUUAAGUCGGCUCACAAGACAAAUAUUAAGUUACUGCAUUUAAUGGGCACAAGACUUAUGAGCACAAGCUCAGAUGGUAUGAUCAGUUUGUGGGAGGUUGCGAAACUGGGGAUGAAUGAAGGAGCAGACGCACUGAUACACUCGUGGAAAUGGGCUUCUCCAGUGUGGUGCAUCCAAGGUACGUCGUUAGAACAGUUUUUGCUUGGCGAUUCGCGUGGUGCGAUAACGCGAGUCAGUAUAACAGAAGGCGCAUGGGAAUCGCCAAGACUAACAGCUGUCCUGCCGCCCGACCAGGAUUCUAAAGGACUGUUAGCUAUGCUCGAGCUUGACAAUGGGGACAUUUGGUAUUCUUCAUCUGGUGACUCAAGCCUCCACACGCUCAACACCGAGUCAGGCGAAGUGGUAACGCUUGAGGGCGGCGAUGCUUUGCUGAAAAGUUCUUUACUGACCAACAGGAGGCAUGUCAUAACGCAAAACACUAAAGGUGUCGUCCAAAGGUGGGACAUAGUAUCUUGCGAGCUGCUGGACACUUUUGAUGAUACAAUGGGGAAUUUUGACGAUCUUGUGAAUCAACACAAUACCAAAGAAACUUUGGCGCAUUGGUGUUCCGUGUCUAUCAAGACAGGAAAGCUUUUCAUAAAAAUAUCGCCAAAAUUCGUGAACACCGAAGUUUAUGGUAGUGCACUGGAACACUACAAAAUUAUUAACGACAUAAAAGUCGAGAUAGACGAACGCUACAAUGUGGGGAGGAUAGCUGUGAAUUCAAUUUUGAACGAAUUCAUCGAAUGGACGAUUGCGAGAGACGAAUCGUUCCGCAAAGAUCUUGUCGCCAAAAAGAGCUCGGUUCCAGGCUCGCCUUCUCAGGCUCCGGCGGAUACCACGUCGAGUGAGCUUAAUAGGCCCGGAUUGAAAGACAAAAGAAAACUUUCUUUGUUUACCAAACUCUCAAAGGGUCGGCAAUCUCCAUCUCCAGCCUCCCUGCCCAGCACGCCCGUACCGGAAGAUAGCUUACCGUUGGUGGCAGAAGAUUCCUUUAUUCUUCCUCCGCCAGCGAGUUCACAUUUGGAUGGCCAAUCCACAAAAGGCAGUAAAAGUGACGUAUUUCAAACCCCAGUUCUUGAGAGGAGGUCUUUGAGCACGGGGUCGCUCAUAGCUCAAAGGCUAAAGCUUUUGUCUACCGCCAAUAAUACCAACUCAGGUUCCAACCCCAGUGAGGUGGAUGAUAGUGGUACAGGAGAGGAAAAAGGACCUCAAAAAAGCUUCCACGCAGCAAUAGACGCUGAUGAAGAAGUCUCCAAGCCAAACUUCUUCAUGCACCAUGAGGUUGCUAACAGUGACAGUUCCGGAACUGUCAAGAAUAGCGAAAGUUCAAACCCCGAACCUACGAAGAAGCAGAAGUUCAUGUGCGAUCUUGUUGCAGAAUUGCGGAACGAGUACAUUAAAGAAUUUGAUGCAAACGCUUCAAGCUUUAAAAUCUUGGGCCGGAAACCGCCAUACUCCAAGAUUACGAGGGAAGAUGAGUCACCAAUCAUUGAGAUAAAAGCAGGCGUUCUGCUUCUUGUCAAUUGCUGGAAAGAAGGGUUAAGCGGUGAUACGGUCUGUUUUUCAACUUAUGUUCCUCCCCCACGUUACGAUACUCCGCUCCUUUCAAGCAAAGGAACCAAUCAACAAGUCUUCGAAUCUUUGGAGCGGAACUUGCCCUAUUGGAUGGGGAAAGCUUUGAUCAAAGAUGAGAAAACUGCAAAGAAUUACCCCAAAUUGACAUUCAUACUUGAGCCAUGGCACGAUCCUGAUUCAGCUGAGGAUUCAACAACCACUCUUAACUCAGAGCACUCCCAACACACGCAUCACCACCAUCUGCCGUUUCACCGCAACAAGCACAGCGAACGUGAUGGCGAUCGAAAGCCGAAACCACUUCCAAAAGUGGCUGAAGCGUACACAAAACUACACGCACCCACUGUAGUCAAAGUGAAAAAGAUUCUCAAUUAUGUGGUGGAUCGGUUUGAUUCUAAAACCCCAGAAAUGCGGUCCCGCACACCCGCCAGUGAGUGGCUUGAGCUUUUAUGCAAGAAUCAACUGCUGGACAACGAAAUGGCACUGGGCAGCGUAAAGACGUCGUACUGGAAGUCCCAAGGCGAUAUAGUAAUGCAAUACCGAAGAAAAACUACGUCGUCAAGUGAAGUCUAG